CAUCAUGGAAUCCAGCGUAUCAAGUCUCGAGAGCUCGUGCCUGGGGAUAUUGUUGAGAUAGCAGUUGGAGAUAAAGUACCAGCAGAUAUCCGCAUCACGGGCAUAGCAAGUACCACACUUCGGGUGGAUCAAUCUAUUCUAACGGGGGAAUCUGUUUCUGUUUUGAAGCACGUUGAUCCUGUGCCGGAUAUUAAAGCCGUUAAUCAGGAUAAAAAAAAUAUAUUGUUUAGCGGUACCAAUCUGGCCUCGGGGAAGUGUCGUGGUGUGGUCAUUGGAACUGGGCUCAAUACUGAGAUUGGCAAAAUUCGAGAUCAGAUAAUGUCCACAGAGGAUGAAAAAACUCCUUUAGGUAAAAAGAUCGACGAAUUUGGAACACAGCUUUCUAAGGUACGCAAUAAAAUGAUAUCUCUCAUCUGUAUAGCAGUCUGGCUUAUUAAUAUUGGACAUUUUAACGACCCCGUUCAUGGUGGUUCUUGGCUUAGGGGUGCUAUCUAUUACUUCAAAAUAGCUGUUGCUCUAGCCGUUGCUGCUAUCCCGGAAGGCCUGCCUGCUGUAAUUACCACUUGCCUGGCCUUAGGUACACGCCGAAUGGCUCGAAAAAAUGCAAUAGUUCGCACUCUACCUAGUGUAGAAACGUUGGGAUGUACUAGUGUUAUUUGCUCAGAUAAAACUGGCACAUUAACAACUAACCAAAUGAGCGUCAGUCGAGUGUUCACUUUUAACGGAAGUGAUUCUUGUGUUCGUGGAGAUGGACGGCCUCUCUCAUUUGAUGAGAUCGAAAUAACUGGUUCUAAAUAUGCUCCUGAAGGCGAAGUGUGA